UAAUCCACACCGUCUCAACGCAAACAUGUACACAAGUUAUGACUGAAGUUUACUAAUGUCGGUGGACAGAACGCAGUCAGGGGAAGAUCUGAGGCGUAUCCAAGACGAACAUUCCUUUACAAUGGACGGGGACGAUGAAAGGAAGCGCCUUAUCCAGUGGGAAGACGGCUUCGAUGGAGACGGACUGGGUAGACGAGACGGUGAGCGUACCCCAGCAGAGAACAGGAAGAAUGUCUUCACAUAUGAAGAGGCUGUCAAAUGUAUUGGCUAUGGCAGGUUCCACAUCAUCCUGCUGCUGCUGUGUGGCUGGGCAGUGUCCAGUGAUGCUGUGGAGGUGUUGUCAGUGUCGUUCCUGCUGCCGUCCGCUUCCUGCGAGCUCAAGAUGACAUCGUCACACAAAGGCUGGCUUAGUGCUAUAGUAUUUGUUGGUAUGAUGGUUGGUGGCUAUUUCUGGGGCUCCCUGGCCGACAAGGGUGGACGUCGUUCGAUCCUGCUGUGGUCACUGAUGGUCAACGGUAUCGGAGGGCUGCUGUCCAGUGUGUCCCAAGUCUUCUGGCUCUUCCUCCUCAUGCGCUUCAUCAGUGGUGUUGGUGUUGGCGGCAGUAUGCCAGUCAUCUUCUCCUACUUCUGUGAGUUUCAACCCAAGGACCGGCGAGGCUCCAUGAUCUCAGUCCUGGCAACAUUCUGGAUGGGAGGCAACAUACUGGCCGCAGGGCUGGCAUGGAUCAUCAUCCCCCAGGAGAUGUGGGGCUACUUCUCCCCCGAGUUCACCUACUCCAGCUGGCGUAUCUUCAUCGCUGUCUGCACCAUCCCUGCGCUGUCUUCUGCCGUUCUUUUCUUCCUGAUGCCUGAGAGCCCCAAGUACCUGCUCACGGUUCGGCGAGAGACAGAUGCUAUCUACGUCCUUAAGCAAGUCCACGAGAGAAACAGAGAAAGAGAACCUUUUAAGGUGGAAGCGCUGGUGCUGUCCGAGGAGGAGAAACAUGGCCACACGUCUGUUUCUGACAGCCAGCACAAGGUUCAAACCAUGAAGGCCAAGUGUGCCCAUCUGCUGGACACUACUGUGGCGCUGUUCCGUCCCCCGCUGCUCAGAAGUAAUGUCGUCCUACUUGUGAUCAACUUCACGCUUGCGUUUGGGUACUACGGAUUGUUCAUGUGGUUCCCCGAGCUGUUCAGUCGGAUUGAGAAGUUCGGAGGGACACCAUGCGAUCCCGGCCCCGUCAACACAACUAUCAGCAACUCCACCGACGACCAAAGCAACUCGACCAUGUGUGAGUCGCCGAGUAACACCAUCUUUUUGGAAGGUUUCCUAACAGCAGCAUCCAACCUUCCUGGAAACUUGUUCACCAUUUUCCUUAUGGACAGACUUGGAAGAAAACUACUUCUUUCAUCCAGCAUGUGUAUAUCAGGGCUGGCGGUGUUCUUCAUAUGGUUCGUACAAACCAGGGUACAGAAUGUAGCAAUAUCGUGCGUGUUCGGAGCCGUCUCCACCGUCGGCUGGAACGCACUUGACGUUCUCUCCACAGAGCUCUUUCCAACCAACGUCAGAACUACAGCAUUCGGUGUCCAAACGGGCAUGGCUCGUAUCGGCGCUAUCCUCGGCAACGUGGUGUUCGGUGAACUGGUAGACAUCCACUUCGCGGUACCAAUGAUCAUGGUGGCCGUGCUGCUGUGUUUGGGUGGCCUGACGGCCAUCAAACUCCCAAACACCACCGGCAUUGACAUUCAUUGAUGUGCAGAAUCUCCCAACAUCACAUACUCCACAUCUGUGUACAGGGAUUGCAUUGGGACAGUGUUCAGAGACUCUGUACGGAGCUUUUUGCAAGCGCUAUUUUUUUUAGAGUAGUCAUGUGUAAGGUUUUCGUUUCUUCAGGGAAACCCUAUAAAUCAGGAAUACUGUUUUCUUGAUGCCUACUGUCCACAAGGUAUUUUACAGCUCAGAAUAAUUUAAGGAGCAUCCUUAGAAAUGAUGAGUCAAAAAUAUUUUUGGAUGUUAAUGUUUUGAUUUUGUAACGUUUCAGAGUCUUACCCCUUUUUCAAGAUCUGGGUUAGAAUUGAUCUUCAACAACCCAUGCUUGUCGUAAAAGGUGAUUAACGGGUCACGCCUGGUAGACACAGGUCACAUCAUAUCCUAAUUGCUUAGAUCGAUGCUCGUGAUGUCAGUCAUCGAAUGGUCUGGUCCAGACUGGAUUAUUUACAGACCAUCACGAAAUAGCUGGAAUAUUGCUGAGUGUGGCGUUUAACAAGAAACAAACUUGUCAAAACAAAAACUCCUUCUUCAGUUGAAUGACACAGAGCUGAUAUGGAUAUAUAUAUGUAUAUAUACAUAGAUAUACUCUCUGAGCAAUGUACACAAGC